UCAAUCAAUGAUUUGAUGAGGGUCAACUUUGGUCCAUCUGUGCCCAAACACAGUCUGAUUCUGCUCCACUGGUUUGCCAACACAGUUGACAUUGACAAUGACAAUUUCAUAAGACUGACCUUUGACCCGAACAGUGGAGACUAUGGAUCACAUCAUUACAACAACUAUGAGAGGAUCUUGCCUCGGGGAUACCGGUACUACACUAUUGGAAAUCUCUAUCAAGAGACAUCCAUGCAACUUCCAGCUUAUGUUGUCAAUCCCCCAACGGAGUAUUCAGGAAGAAACAGGGACAGGAUCAUAAUUAGAGUCCGGGAGCAGAACACACGAAAUGGAGCUUUGCGGAUAGACGAAGUGUAUAUCACACAGCAUUACGACACUUAUGGCCUUCAGGGGACACUAUAUGAUCCAGAUCACACCUACCAGAUCACUAUUUACCUCUUAAGACAGAUCAGAGAGUUUUCUGUGGGACAAAACCAACGACCACUGUCGCAUCUCAGAAACCAUUUUGGACAAAACAUUGAGGAUUUUCAGUUAUUGCACAUCACAAAUACAUGUGGUAACCUUGCUUGCCUUGGACUGCUGUUGUGUAUUGUGUUCCAGGAAAGAUACUCAUUUAACCUACAAGGUUACUUUAACCAACAAAGCAACAGAGCAGAAAACAGACAAAGUCAUUGGGAUCGCUUUGUUUUGCCUUUGUAUGUAUUGUUAUUGUGCUGUUGUUUGCUAUAGUAGCUUUUAAUCUCCCUAAGGUGUAAGCCUGUAAGGGGUUAUGAGUUUGGUCACGUGUGUAUGUGUGUAUCUGUCUGCAGCUAAUCUCACAUACCACUGGACCAAUCAGCCUCAUAUUUUUUAUGCACAUUUAUGACCACUCAGGAUUGAUGAUUCACAAUUUUUGAAAAACCAUAAAAAACUCAUUUUAUUGCCUGCUCUGUUUUAUGCCGACUGCCGCUCCCUAGUUGUGCCUCCAAACCUGAAACCCAUAGAAAGAUGGUCCCAUCUAUAACCAGAGCCUCUGCAGAUUAAUUCCAGUCCUGAAAUGUUAUGAUCCAUUAAAGUCUGACACUGUACCUCACUGGCCGCUCUUAUGGUCACCACUAUCCAUCUGCACGGUCAUCAUAUUGGAGAGCUACUAAAAAACACUACAUGGUGUAUUGAGAGAUGCAGACUUUCCUACAAAAUCACGUUACUCAUUUAAUUCUGCACUGCUUUUAGUGAAAUUUGGUUUGUGAUCAACAUUAGAAACUGAACAUGACACUGGUUACUAGUUGGAAUUAAAUUCAGUUACUGGGAGCCGAUGUACUCAGCUCUAUGGCAAAAGAGUAACCUUGUGAAUAGCCACAACUUCCGCUGGAACACACAGGGGCCGAUCUAUGAAUAGGCAACGUCAAACAGCAGUUUCUAUAUUUACUAACCUGCCUGGUUGCUUGUAAUGUUCAAAAUAAAUAAUGUUAUAAACAGCUAUGUUAAAUUUAGCAGUAUAUACCCAGUUUAUUGUUUCCGUAUUAAGUUAUACAGUUAUGCAAACCCUGGAUGUUCAGUUACAAUACCAUUACACUAUUAUAUUAAAGAAAACUAAGACUAUAUUAUAAAAAAACGUCAUUAAAAACUUUGCAUACAUCUAUAUAAGACCAGCACUAUACUAUACAAACAAAAUGUGUUUUUAUGAGUUGUAUUUGGCAGUUGUGGUGGCAUUGAGGUAGGUGCUUUACAUACGAGCUUUUGCCUGGCAGAGAUCUGCACUCUGAGAGAACUCUUCUAGUUUGUAAAUGUUGUACAGUUAAGAUUGAAAUACAGGCUCCGUAUAAUAUGCUUGUGAUUAAGGGUGAAAUAUUUUAAACCACCCAUCUCAAACUGUGUGCUAUGAAGGGCUAUUUUUUAUUCUACAAUCACAUGAAAGGAAGAGAGAAAGAGUUUAUCAUACUAUUGAGAUCUCUGAACUAUUAAACAGGAUGGAAAUAUCACCCAUUACGGAUGGGAAAAUAUUAUUUUAUAAACACUUUAUUCAGACUGUAGGACCAGAGUAAUCAGUGAUCCGCAUAUGUUCCCAGACAGAGGAGGAGGUAAUCAGUAAAUUAAGGUGGUGUAAUGUUUGCUUGGACUGAAAACCUGCAGACUUUGACCUUUUUGAAUAUCACACCGUUUGAAACAUCUGCAGUAAAUAACAACAUUUGGAAAGACUUUACCUGUCUGGAAAAAUUACAAAAACAUCAUAAAAGAUCAAAAUCAAGAUGACAGUUUUAAAUGUUAUAACAAUAAGGAGGUCUAAAGGGUUGUAUUUCACCAAAAACACAUCUGGACAUCAUGUUGAGCUUUUUAUAGGUCUAUUUACAAAAUUGCUGUUUGAAAUGUAUCUUUAUUUGCAAAGCUUUGGGAAAAUGGCUUUCAUUGUAUAUGAUAAUGCAUUGCUUUGACAUGGUAAUAAAGUGCCAGGCUUCAUUUAAGCAACAGUGUCUAAUCUACAGUAAUAGUAGUGACUCACUGCCAAUUCAUCCUGUGUCUGCUAGAGAUGAAGAGAAUGGAAAUUGCUCUGAUGUAAAACAAAUAAGACAGAUGAAAGGCUCUAUGGUCAGACAAGGAUAAACUUCACUGACAAUGGAUUAUCUUUUUAAAAAACAGGAGUGGAUUUUUCUUGUGAUUUUGUUUUGUUUGUUUGUUUCUGGCGUAUUGAAUAUUGUGUUUAUUAAACUACAAUGUGUCAGCCAUACUCAUGUCAGUGUUUUUAUUUUAAGUUCAAGAGAAAUAGAUGAGCACAAGUUAGAUCAUCAUGAAGAUCAACUUCAACUAUUCCUUGUUCUACAGGCACAGUAGAUCGAAUUAAGCAUACUAUAGUGUUAUGAGCUUUGAAGAACAAAUUAGUAUUGGUCCCAAAUUUUAUUUUACUGCUUAUAUUUUGACAAUUGUUGAACCUGCAUUUUCUGACGUAGUAUUAAUCAUAAAUGUCUUAAAAAGGGCGUCACCAGAAUUUCUACAAAGACUUAAAAUGGAUGAAAAUAUCAUCUCUUACAGAUGGGAAAAUAUUGGAUAAGUCAGUAUUA